GAGUUCUCGCGCAGUUUGGCGAGACUAUAAGUUAAGGGAACAUGGCGACGUUGCUAAAGAAUAAAGGCUCCCUUCAGUUCGAGGAUAAAUGGGACCUGAUGCGUCCCAUCGUACUAAAGCUGUUACGGCAAGAGUCGGUCACCAAGCAACAGUGGUUCGACCUUUUCUCGGACGUUCAUGCCGUCUGCCUAUGGGAUGACAAAGGUCCCGCUAAGAUCCACCAGGCCCUAAAAGAGGACAUUCUCGACUUUAUCAAACAAGCACAAGCACGGGUGCUAAGUCACCAGGAUGACACGGCACUGCUGAAGGCCUACAUUGUGGAGUGGAGGAAAUUUUUCACACAGUGCGACAUUCUGCCCAAACCUUUCUGCCAGCUGGAGAUAACGUUGAUGGGAAAGCAGGGGAGCAACAAAAAGUCAAACAUGGAGGACAGCAUAGUCCGCAAGUUGAUGCUGGACACGUGGAACGAGUCCAUCUUCUCCAACAUUAAGAACAGGUUACAAGACAGCGCAAUGAAGCUGGUACACGCCGAACGGCUGGGUGAAGCCUUUGAUUCACAAUUGGUCAUAGGAGUGCGAGAGUCCUACGUGAAUUUAUGUUCAAACCCCGACGACAAGCUCCAGAUUUACAGGGACAACUUUGAAAAGGCCUACAUGGACUCCACCGAACGCUUCUACAGAACGCAGGCCCCCGCCUAUCUUCAACAAAACGGCGUCCAGAAUUAUAUGAAAUAUGCCGAUUCCAAGUUGAGGGAAGAGGAAAAACGUGCAUUACGGUAUCUGGAGACGAGACGAGACUGCAACUCUGUGCAAGCAUUAAUGGAGUGUUGCGUCAACGCUCUGGUAACGUCCUUCAAGGAGACCAUCCUGGCCGAGUGUCCGGGCAUGAUCAAGAGAAACGUAACAGAGAAAUUGCACCUGAUGUUCUCGCUGAUGGACAAAGUGCCAAGCGGCAUCGAGCCAAUGCUGAACGACCUGGAGGAGCACAUCAUGAGCGCUGGACUUGCCGACAUGGUGGCCUCCGCCGAGACCAUCACCUCUGACUCGGAGAAGUACGUGGAGCAGCUGCUCACUUUGUUCAACCGCUUCAGUCGACUAGUGAAAGAAGCCUUCCAGGACGACCCUCGUUUCCUUACCGCAAGAGACAAAGCCUAUAAAGCCGUCGUCAACGAUGCCACUAUAUUUAAAUUAGAACUUCCUAUGAAACAGAAAGGCGUGGGCUUGAAAACGCAACCCGAGUCCAAGUGUCCAGAGUUGUUGGCCAACUACUGCGACAUGCUGCUCAGGAAAACUCCGCUCAGCAAGAAGCUCACGUCAGAGGAGAUUGAGGCCAAGCUCAAGGAAGUGCUGUUGGUUCUGAAGUAUGUCCAAAACAAAGAUGUGUUCAUGCGCUACCAUAAGGCUCACCUGACGCGGCGCCUUAUUUUGGACAUAUCAGCAGACAGCGAGAUCGAGGAGAACAUGGUGGAGUGGCUCAGGGAAGUAGGAAUGCCGGCGGACUAUGUCAACAAGCUAGCCAGAAUGUUUCAGGACAUUAAAGUGUCUGAAGACCUCAACCAAUCUUUCAAAGAAAUGCAUAAACACAACAAGCUGGCUCUACCAGCUGACUCAGUAAACAUCAAGAUCCUAAAUGCCGGUGCGUGGUCGCGGAGCAGCGAAAAGGUGUUCGUCUCACUGCCUACCGAGUUGGAGGACUUGAUCCCGGAGGUGGAGGACUUCUAUAAGAAGAACCAUAGUGGACGCAAAUUACAUUGGCAUCAUCUCAUGUCCAACGGCAUUAUCACCUUCAAGAAUGAGGUGGGCCAGUAUGACCUGGAGGUGACGACCUUCCAACUGGCCGUGCUCUUUGCUUGGAACCAAAGGCCCAGAGAGCGGAUCAGCUUUGAGAACCUGAAGCUCGCCACGGAACUACCUGAUGCAGAGCUGCGACGCACACUCUGGUCCCUGGUAGCGUUUCCUAAGCUCAAGCGGCAGGUGCUAUCAUAUGACCCGGCUGUGUCAUCACCCAAAGACUUCGCUGAAGGAACAUUAUUCUACGUCAAUCAAGAGUUUUCUCUUAUAAAAAAUUCCAAAGUUCAGAAGCGAGGAAAGAUCAACCUGAUUGGUCGACUGCAACUCACCACGGAGCGAAUGAGAGAGGAGGAGAACGAGGGCAUCGUCCAGCUCAGGAUACUAAGGACGCAGGAGGCCAUCAUCCAAAUCAUGAAGAUGAGGAAGCGCAUCAACAAUGCCCAGCUGCAGACAGAGUUGGUGGAGAUCUUAAAGAACAUGUUUUUACCACAGAAGAAGAUGAUUAAGGAGCAAAUCGAAUGGCUUAUCGACCACAAGUACAUCAAACGAGACGAGGCCGACAUAAACACCUUCAUCUACAUGGCAUAGCACAACGGUUUGGACUUUUGGCUUUUGUCCCCUUCAAAACGGGCCUGAUGGACACUACAAUACUUCCAGGCCUACUCAAACCCUGCCCCACCAUGUCUCACAUCCCCCGUCCUCUAUUUAAAAACUACAUCGUGUGCAGGGAGGCGUGAAUUAAAAGACUAUUUAAAAACACUUCCUGCCUUAAAGUUGUAUAAAGAAGAAAAGCAGAGUCUGCACCUGGUGGUUGUAUAUGUUUUUAUUUGGGAGGCUGUCAUUCAUGGUUUGUUUUACUCUUCCGAAUGUUACUACAGCGUGCCCGCCAGCUCGUUCACACCGGACGCGUGUGGAAAUCCACAGACAAAAGCUGGAGGACUUUCGAGAAAAAAACGCUUACAGCACUGCACUGUCUUUUUUUUUUUUUUUUUUUUUAAACCCCUCCCUCCAGUGCGAGCGAAAUCUCCAUGCCUCUUUGAAUCCAGCGACUUGCUUCAUAGGCAGUGUGAGGGGUGGGUUUGUUCGUGUUGUUGUCGUGAGAGUAAGUAUUUCUUAAUCAGGGCUUCUUUUAUCUUUUUUUUUUUUUUUUUUUUUUUUUUUUUUUUUGCAUAGAAUGCCAGGUCAACACAUCCCUGCUUUUCACUCCCUGGAUUCAAAUCUGAAGUUUUUGGGAGGGGAGAACAAGAGACUCAAAAUGUGUUCAGGGUCAGCAGAGGGCAGUGUUGACGGUUUAAACCAGACAGGAGUCCUGAUUCAGUAUUAAGUAUCAAAAGCUUUUUUUUGUUCCGCGGGGUGUACCGUGAGAUGUGAAUAAAUUGAAUAAAUUAAAUAAACAGCAC